AUUGCAAACUAUAUCAACGAGAAAGAAAUAACGUCUUGUCAAGAGGAAGGAGCACCUCUGUGUGCAAAUACUCCAACCCUCAAAUCCACCUUCCUGGGUGCAGACCCAGGGAGCAGAGGGGAUAGAAAUCCAUGCGAUGAGGCUGGUCCCUGUGCCUCAGCUUGGAAGACUGCUCUCCCCGCCCCGUCUUUGAUCAGAGGAUGGGUUUCUCUGCACUCGGUGCUGUGGGUUUCCAGCGGGAGGUGGGGAAGCGCAGUCAGCCUGACCCUCCCCUCCUCGGAUCUGUCAUCAGCAACAGAGAAAUCCUUCCCAUCCCCAAGUUACUCAGCCUGAAUCCUGCAGGAUUUGCCAGGGUGGCAGGAUGGCAGAGCAGCCCUUCCCGAUGCCCAGCCCUCCUCGGCAGGGCACAGCCACCCACCCCGGUCCCACAGCGGGCCCCGCGUCCCCAGGGUCCCAAACCCACCCCAGGGACAAGUGGAGCAAAAAAAUGGAUUUUCUCCUCUCGGUCAUCGGCUUCGCUGUCGAUCUGGGCAACGUCUGGCGGUUCCCUUACAUCUGCUACCAAAACGGAGGGGGAGCCUUUCUCAUCCCGUACACCCUGAUGGCUGUUUUCGGAGGGGUGCCCCUCUUCUACAUGGAGCUGGCCCUGGGGCAGUUCCACAGGACAGGAGUCAUUCCCAUCUGGAAGCGCAUCUGCCCCAUCUUUAAAGGCAUCGGCUUUGCCAUUUGCAUCAUCGCCCUCUACGUCUCCUUCUACUACAACACCAUCAUCGCCUGGGCUCUCUAUUACUUCUACUCCUCCUUUUCCGGCACCUUGCCCUGGGCAAGCUGCGACAACCCCUGGAACACACCCAACUGCACCAACUACUUCGGGAGGAGCAAUGUGACCUGGACCAACUUCUCCAGGUCUCCUGCCGAAGAGUUUUAUACGAGGAAGGUCCUGGAGAUGCAGAACGCCAGGGGUCUGUACGACAUAGGUGGGAUCCACUGGCAGCUGCUCCUCUGCCUCUUCCUCAUCUUCACCAUUGUCUACUUCAGCUUGUGGAAAGGGGUGAAAACAUCAGGAAAGGUGGUGUGGGUGACAGCCACGCUGCCCUACGUCGUCCUUCUCAUCCUGCUGGUCCGAGGGGCCACCCUGCCCGGCGCCUGGAGAGGAGUUGUCUUCUACCUGCGUCCAGACUGGGGCAAGCUCCUGAGCACCGCGGUUUGGGUUGAUGCUGCUGCACAGAUAUUCUUCUCCUUGGGCCCUGGGUUCGGUGUCCUCCUUGCUCUGGCCAGUUACAACCAUUUCCACAACAACUGCUACCGGGAUGCGCUCGUCACCAGCACGGUGAACUGCCUCACCAGCUUCCUCUCCGGCUUCGUCAUCUUCACCGUGCUGGGCUACAUGGCUGAGAUGAGGGACGUGGAGGUGGAGGAUGUUGCAAGAGAUAAAGGGCCAAGCCUCCUUUUUAUCACCUACCCCGAAGCAAUCGCCAACAUGGUGGGAUCCACCUUCUUCGCCAUCAUAUUCUUCCUGAUGAUGAUAACGUUGGGCCUGGACAGCACGUUUGGGGGCUUGGAGGCUGUGAUCACAGCUGUGAUGGACGAGUACCCACAGGUCCUGGCUGGGCGACGGGAGCUCUUCGUCCUUGUCCUCAUCACAGUCUGUUUCCUGGGCUCCCUGAGCACCCUCACCUACGGGGGAGCCUACGUGGUGAAGCUGCUGGAGGAAUUUGGUGCUGGCUGCUCCAUCCUGGCUGUGGUGCUACUGGAAACCAUAGCCGUCUCCUGGUUUUACGGGAUACAGAGGUUCUCCCAUGAUGUGAAAGCCAUGCUGGGCUUCACCCCAGGGAUAUUCUGGAAGGUGUGCUGGGUCGCCGUCAGCCCUGCCUUGUUAGCGUUCAUAGUCAUCAGCUCCCUGCUGGACCAGCCACCUCUGACACUCUUCAGCUACCAGUACCCCGAGUGGAGCAUCUCAGUGGGAUAUGUCAUAGGAGCAUCGUCCUUCAUCUGCAUCCCCUUCUACAUGGUGUACAAGCUUGUUUGGACACCAGGGUCUCUCAAGCAGCGCCUCGCUGUCUGCAUCCGGCCAGAGAAGCCCACACGAGACCCCCAGGCAGAAGAGGUGUGCAUGUCUCCCGUCCUGUAGUCCGGCAGCACAUCCAGGGCAUGCAGAGACUGCUCCGGCUUCUUGCUCCUGCCCUGGCAAAGCAAUGGGACAGGCAGAAGAGAAGCUGCCGUCACCUUCCUCGCAGCCACCGGUCCCUCACGUCUCCCCCGGCACAGACCAGAGCCCAUCCUUGCUGCGGGCAGGGAAACCUCUGAGCCACAGCAGGGGCAACGGGACCUGCUGCAGAAAGCUAAGGACCAAACUCUUCUGGUUUGGAGGUGAACCUUGGCGAAGGUGGAGGCGCAGCUGCGGCCGAUGGUACAAGCCGUGAACACGCCUUGCUUAGAGACGUCCAUGCCCUCGCUGUGCAAACCCGCUCGGCGCAAGCAGUGCAUGCCUUUAGCCGUGCCGCGGGUGACGUGGAAAAUAAAGCUGAUAUCAAUCGUUAGGAGAUCAGAGAAAGGAGAGGAACCGAAGGUCGCUGUGCUGUGCUCACAAAGCACCGCGGUGCAGCAGAGAGCACAGGGCUGGGGGAAGCAGAGGGGCUGCUGCCACCCCGACACACAAACACUUUGUUCUGUUGCGAAAGGUAGAAGUCAGCAGAGAAAUUGUGUGGCCCCUCAGGUCACUCCCAGGACCACCGUGCUGCAGCCAGGCCCCAUCGAGCCAGGAAGGCAGGGCAGUCCCUCCUCGUGCCUCAUCCUGACUCUGCCCAUGCGAUGUGGCAGCCCUACGGAGCCGGGAGAAGCGGCUGCGAGAGAAGCGGUGGCAUCUGGCACUUGAAAAAGACCUUAAUAUAUCUUGUUUUAACAACAAAUAUU